ACAUUAUUUUUUGGUCUACGUAACCUUCACCAUAGUCUCUUAUCUCAACCUUUUAUAUAGCUGUGUCCACUGCAUCUGUGAAAAAACUCUUAGACCCCCUUCAUAAUAAUCUUCUUUUCUUUCAUUUCUCUUGAUUUUCACCAUUGUUUCAUUUCUUAAUUUGGUUUCUUGAUUUAUAUAUGGACAAAGGAUGGGGAGUUGCACUUGAAAAUUCUGAUCAUCAAGUGGGGAUCUUCAAGAACAAGCCAGUUUUUGGUUUUAAUAACUUAAGUCCUAGGUCGAAUAAUCAUACGAAUUACAUGAUGAUGAACCGUAGGGAGGAGCAAGCUGUUGAUGAGAAGAGGGAAGUUGAUUUCUUCUCUGAUAAGAGGAAUCUGCAGCCUAUGGAUCAUCUUUUUAUAAAGAAGGAAGACUCUCAUAGUGAAAAUACUACUAGUACCAGGUCCGAAUUGGUUGUAAAUACUGGUUUGCAACUUGUGACUGCAAACACUGGAAGUGAUCAAUCAACGGUGGAUGAUGGGAUUUCAUCAGAGAUAAUAGAAGAUAAAAGAGCCCAGAAUGAGUUGGCACAAUUACAAGUUGAACUGGGAAGGAUGAAUGUUGAAAAUCAACGUUUGAGAGGGAUGCUUACCCAGGUUAGCAACAAUUAUGCUGCACUUCAGAUGCAUCUUGCCGCACUCAUGCAACAACAAAAUUCAAGAACUGAAAAUACACAUGACCACAAGAUUGUGGAAGCAAAGUCUGAAGAGAAGAUGCAAGAAAAAAUAGUUCCAAGACAAUUCUUGGAAUUAGGACCAAGUGGUGACGAGCUAUCUCAUAAUUCCCAUGCUUCAUCAGAAGAAAGAACAGUUUCUGAAUCACCUCGGAAAAAUGUACAAGUGACACGGCAUAAGGGUACUAUUGGCAGAGAAGAAAGCCCAGAAUCUGAAAGUUGGGUACCUAGCAAGGUCCCUAAAUUGAAUUCCUCAAUGCCAGUUGAUCAAGCAACAGAUGCAACCAUGAGGAAAGCUCGUGUCUCCGUUCGUGCCCGAUCAGAAGCUCCCAUGAUUACAGAUGGAUGCCAGUGGAGAAAAUAUGGACAAAAGAUGGCAAAAGGCAAUCCAUGUCCCCGAGCUUAUUAUCGGUGCACCAUGGCUGUUGGUUGUCCAGUGCGCAAACAGGUUCAAAGGUGUGUUGAGGAUAGGACAAUUUUGAAUACAACUUAUGAAGGUACACACAACCACCCCCUACCACCACCAGCAAUGGCUAUGGCAUCCACAACGUCAGCUGCUGCAAAUAUGUUACUUUCAGGUUCCAUGCCAAGUGCAGACGGGUUAAUGAAUCCGAAUAAUUUCCUAGCAAGGACUAUGCUUCCAUGUUCGUCAAGCAUGGCGACUAUUUCAGCAUCAGCUCCGUUUCCUACUAUAACAUUGGACCUAACUCAAACCCAAAACUCGUUGCCUUAUCAUCAAAGGACAACUCCAAAUGCUCAAUUUCAAGUCCCUUUCCAAUCAAGCCCUCAACAUCCAAACUUUAUUACUUCAAUGCCACCCCCACCAAUGCCUCAGGGUUUACAUAACCAACCAAAAUUUUCAGGACUACAAGUUUCUCAAGAUGCUAAUCUUCAACCUCAACAAUUACAACAUGUUCAAAACCACCCAUCAUUUACCGACACGCUUACGGCCGCCACUGCUGCCAUCACGGCCGAUCCCAAUUUCACUGCCGCUCUGGCCGCCGCCAUCUCGUCCAUGAUUACUGGUUCUCAAAAAGAACAGUAGUGAAGAUAUCAUCUUUGUAAAACUGUUAAUUACUGCUGCAAUAGUUUUCUUCAUUCUUUUUUGAUCUCCGAGGCUAUUUGGUGCUGAGACUUGAGAUUGAAUAUACAUGUUCAUAUCUUUUUUUGUUAAAAGGGUUUGAGGAGAUGAAGAGAAUAUUUUCAUUCUUUCAUUGCGUUACCUUCAAAA